UAUAGUAAAUGUUCAACCCAUUGUUUCAAUGUUGAUUUUUCUAAAACUGUUAUUCGGUUGCAAAAGUUUUAUGAUAAUAAUAGAUCCAAUAGCAGCAUAUUGCAUAUAUAAGUUAAACGAAUAAAAUAAAUCUGCUAAAUAAGCAAACAUGGUAUAGUUUCGACCUAACAGAUCCCAUCAUACCUUUUUGCAUAGACAUGCGCAGUGACCUCGUUUAGAUUUGUGUAGCAGAGGACUUGUUCAAAACAGAAAAUGGGAUUCCGUGUUUGUUUUUAUUUCUACCCCACCAUCUGGACAGAUUUUUUUUAUUGAAUCAUUGGAAUUACCUGCUAUAUUUACAAAAACUUGAGCUAUCGAAUCUUUAAAAUUUUAUGGCUUUUCGAAAAUAACUAAUAAACUCAGUAUGCUCCCCAUGUUAGUAGAGUAGUUAUUGUAAUUACUUUGACUAAGUCACUAAUACAAGUUACACUUUUACAGUUGUGAGUUAGGUUAGACUCAGAUCUACAACGGUACAACUAGACUACAAGUAGGCCUACAUUCUACAAGAGAAUUAUCCAGAUCUAGUUCAUGUGAAUUCUCAACUCGACUCAUUUGUUUCGAGAUCUAGAGUAACCAUCCAGACCUCUAUGACUAUUCCAGCUUCUCUUCGUAUGCAUUUAACACGGCGUAAAGCGAGAAAGGAGAUGAUAUGAUGAUGAUCUACAACUACACACAACGCUUAGAGUAGUGCAACGAACAGUUACUAAGCGAUUAGACUGUGCCCCUCGUAACCUUUAUAAAUCAACAACGGUGUUUUUGGUUUGUGCACAGUUGGCUAUGUUAUAAAUUACAGCUUUGAAAACAAAGAUUUGAUCAGCCUCAUGAACAUAUUGUUUUCUUUGGAUUUGCUAUGGAAACAUAUGAUUUCGUGUACAACUGCACUACUUGCUCUACAAUAGUAGAUCUAGAAGGCUCACAAAGUGAUAGCAGAUAGCGUAACCUACAUUUGGUUUUACCGUUUAAUUGAUAAAAUAUACACGUUCUCAUUAUUACAGAAUGUUUGGAAUAAAAUGAUUAGAAUUUAAGAUUGCAAUCUCAUGUCUUAGGCGUUUUCGUUAUCUGAAAAAGACUUUACAAAUUCAAAUGUAUUUGAAACAUAAUGACAAUGACCAUGUAGCCUUUUAAAAUUAUCCUUUUUGUUUAUAUUCUACAAGACUUGAAAUUUAUUUUCCAAGAUUUCACAAAUAAGACAUAAAAAAUAUCAUAGAUCUAUUUAUUUAACUGAAACCUAGAUAAAUAGAAUCUUUCUAGAAUAGAAAUCAACCAUAAAUUAAAAAAAAACAAGAAUUGUAAAAGAUUAAUAUUGUUAAGUCCAUUACACAUUGUCUUCAGUGUUGAUAUUGUUGCUGAUAAAAUGCAACAGAAUAUUAAUUCCAGCAGUUCAAGUACUUUUAGAAAUGGGACUGGAACAGUUCAAUCCACAGAAGGUCUACCAAGAGAUCAGAUGGGCUCUAAUGGCGAUCAGUAUUUUAGUGCCACAUUCAAUGCAAUGGGAAUUCAAGACUUUCCACCAUUUAGGGUAGGAGUACCUGCCCGUCCGAGGAGCAGUAUGGGGGCACCCCAUCCAAUUUCAGGUAAGCAGUAUGCCUCAACAUCUGCGAUGGACCAAAUGCCAGAUGAUUUUGCUGCAUUGAAUCUCGCAGUAGGCCCACUACACAAUAAAACCAUAGCCAACGACUUUGAACCAAAGUCACCUGGGCUUCCUCACAGUUCCAGCACAUCAUCUUUCACUUCCUAUGCUUCAAUAUUUGGCCAAAACCCCAGUGCCCCAACAUGGCCUUUUGUUUCCAGCUCUGGCAGCCAGACCAGUUUAGGGAGCAACCACACAUCAAUGUAUACCAUGCAGAAUGGGCCAACAACACCAAAGACUUCCAGCAUGGGGCCAAUAUUUGGCCCACCUGUGCAGAGCUCCACUGCCACAACAUCCAAUAAUCCAAGUUUUAUUACACCACUUUUUGUGGCUGGGUCAGUGGCCACAGCAGCCAGCACAAGCUCAACCAAUGGUCUCGUGUACACCUCCAACAUCAGUCCUAUUCACAGUCCAGGCAUCUCACCUUCGGGAUCUCCACUGGCUUCUCGACGCCUUAAUUCUCCAGUCACCCAACUCAGGCAGGCUACCAUUCCCCACAAGUCUGCUUCAUCUAGUCUGGUGCAGGAGAGUGUAGGAGGAACCACUUAUUUUUAUAAUGCUGAGGAUUUUAAACCACAAAAUGAAGGUCCUCAGCUGACCUUGCCGUCCUUCUGUGCCUAUCCUGGUAUGCCCUCUCACAUAGUGCACCUCAAGAUGAAGUCACCUGUUGUACAGUACUUUGCACCAGAUGAGCUGAAAUUGGAUAUCCUAAAUCGACAUGUAUUAACUAUGAUGCAAGUUGACCCAUCUUGUGCUACAUCAGUUGAACUGCCAACUGAGUUAGACAAGUAUGUCAACUUGUGUCCACUGGAAAGAACAGGUGCUCCAAAGCCUUCCUUGGGUAACUUACCAUCAACCACCUAUAAGGCUGUAUGCACUAAAGAUGGAUUGUACUACUGCCUCAGGAGGAUACAUGGUUUUCGUCUGGCUAAUACAAAAGUGAACACCAUCAUUGAGAGUUGGAAGAAAUUGUAUCACCCAAAUGUUGUGUCACUUAAAGAAGUCUUCACCACCAAAAAUUUUAAUGAUAAUUCCAUUGUGUUUGUGUAUGACUACCACCCAGGGUCAGAAACACUUAUGUCUGUGCACUUCCCAUCUCCACACCUGAAUGGCUACAAUCAUCAGCAUCACCAUCAUUAUGCAAGGGGCGAGCAUGGCAAAAAUGCCAGUACUGGACGCAGCAGUUUUCUUCCAGAGAGUCUAAUAUGGACAUACAUAGUACAGCUGAGUUCAGCUCUGAGAGCUAUCCAUGCAGCCAAUCUUGCUGCCAGAUCUUUAGAUCCUUCACGUAUUAUUGUCACAGGCAAAUAUAGAAUACGGAUUAACUGUAUUGGUAUUUUAGAUAUCAUUACACCAGAAGCUAGUUCACCAGUCAACAUCAAUGUUUAUAAGCAAGAAGACAUGACAGCACUAGGAAAGAUAAUACUAGCCUUGGCCUGUAACAACCUGAUGUGUGUUCAAAGAGAUAACAUCCAGACAGCCAUCGAAGGUGUUCAGCGAAACUAUUCUCCAGAUCUGAAAAAUUUGAUUUGUUAUUUGUUACAGAAUACUAACAGAGUUCGCAGUGUGAAUGAUGUGAUGCCUAUGAUUGGUGCCAGGUUUUUUACACAAUUGGAUACUGUUACAUUACGAAGUGAUGUCCUGGAGUAUGAGUUGGCAAAGGAAAUAGAAAAUGGAAGAUUGUUUCGAAUUUUGAUCAAAUUAGGAUCAAUCAAUGAAAGGCCAGAGUAUACAACUGAACCAUCCUGGGCAGAGACUGGAGACAGGUUCAUGUUGAAACUGUAUCGUGACUAUUUGUUUCAUCAAGUGGAUGAGAAUGGUUUGCCUUGGAUAGAUGUGGCUCAUGUUAUUCAGAGCCUGAACAAAUUUGAUGCUGGUGUUCCAGAGAAAGUGCUCUUGGUCUCCAGAGAUGAAAACAGCAUGCUUGUGGUGUCCUACUCUGAGCUAAAACGCUGUUUCCAGUCGUGUUUUCAAGAGUUGGUGUCCCAACAUAACCAAGCCUCCUCCUUUUCUUAACAACGCCAUGUAAGUUGUACAACAUGUGUUAUUGCCUGAAUUCUGAGAAGAGAACUCUUUAAGAUGGAGAUGUACUUUUCUAACUGCAUACACAUCUAAUGUCACAGUUCUUUUUUUUUUUUUUUUUAAAUAAAUCAGGGAUUACUUUUCUUUCUAGUAAUUUACAAAAGUCUUUUGAAAAGAAUUCUACCUAAGUUUCAUAUGUGCUCACAUAGUGUUUUGUUAGUUCUUAGAAUUCCGAUGAGUCUAUUUAGUGAGAUGUUACUUUCUACACAGCAUUGUGCAAAAUAUGUAUUUUUGUACUAUAGAGUGAGCUGGAGCUCUGUUUACUUGAUAUGUAUGUAUACCUAACUUUCACUUCUGUGACUGUGUGAUGCCUUGACUGAUGUACUAGUAACUGAAUUCUUUGGUUUACACUGUCUGGUUGCAUAUUUAUCUCAUUGGGUUAGUCUUCAAUAGCAACUGGCCAUUUGGAAAUCAUGUAGGAAUAUUAAUAAUCCUAGACUGAUAAAGCUUAUACAGCUUUUAUAGCUUGAAAAAGUGGUAAAGUUAACAUUUUUAAGUUGAAAUGCUUUGUCCUUUAUUUGUGGGUCAAGGCUUUACUCUCUCUUAAGAUUGUUUUCACUUGUCAAUUGUUUUUAACCAUGUAUGCAAAAGUAAAUGUUUACUUUUUUUUCUUUCUUGACACAUUUAUGUCUGGAAAAUAUUGUUUCAAAUAUAAAAGAUUUGAUUAGACUAAUAGCAGACAAAUGUUUUCUUUUUUAAUAUUGAGAGUAGGCACUUCAAUUGUGUACUAAGUAAAAUGAUUACUAAGAAGUCAAACAAAACAAAAUGAAAAUUUUACUUUAAAAUGUGGGGAUUAUUCAUGUUUAAAAUGUAGCUAAAUGUGUGAGAUGUUUAUGUUGAAUAUGUAGCUAAAUGUGUGAGAUGUUCAUGUUGAAUAUGUAGCUAAAUGUGUGAGAUGUUCAUGUUGAAUAUGUAGCUAAAUGAGUGAGAUGUUCAUGUUGAAUAUGUAGCUAAAUGAGUGAGAUGUUCAUGUUGAAAAUGUUUGUUAAAGAUGUGCAUUGUGAUACACUUCAAGUCAAAACUUUUACAUAGUCGUUAAUGAUAAGAAAAUGGCUCUUGUAACUCAUUACAUUGAACCCUAUAUACUGUGAAUUACUGUGGAAAAGCAUUCAAUGUCUUAACACCCACUUAAAACUGAACCAUGUUUUAUAAACAAGCUGUUUCCUUAAUAUGUUGAAGAAAUUGUUUUUUUCGCCACUGGUACAUUAUGUAUAUGCUAUAGUUUCCUACUAUCCAUGCCAUUAUGUCAAGAUGAUCUGGGAUGUGAAAUGUUCUUUUAAAAAGAAAACAUAAAUCACUCCAAUAUAGUAGAAGUUUGAUGGUAAUUUGUUUCCUUCGUUACAAUGAUGAUUUGAUUCUUUUUUCUGCUUAAGUGUUUUCCUAAAGGAAUUACCAUAUUUCUUAAAAGUGCAAAAUUGUUUAAAAUUUAAAAUGAAAAACAAAAUAUAUCUGACCAUUAUUUCUAUUGGCUGUUUUCACAGCAUUCCCCUUUUGUUUUUCUUAGAUUAUUCCAUUGAAAUUUGACAAUGGUUAAACAUUGAUGAUAAAAGUCAUAGUUUUUGUUACCUGUUAAUUGUUACAUUUAAAUUACUUUGCUCAGCUUACACACUAAACAUUUUACAUUAUACAUAGAGCAAUAGUUUCUUUAGUCUGUGAUUUCCACAAGUUUCCUAAGGAAAGUUUCUGAGAUUACUUAAAAUGCACAUUGUUCAAGCGUUUUGAUACAACAGUGGAUUUCAUUUAAUGGAACAUUUUGAAACACUAAAUUUAUAUGUGAUUUUUUUUCCUUUUGAAAAUCAUAAAUCCAUUUGUAUGAAUAUAUAAUUUUAUUGUAGUAAAAACUUAUCAAAUAUAUAUAUAAUUAUACAAGACUAGAAAUAAGGAUCAACUUACAUCUUAUGUGUUGGUUUUUUUUUUACGACAUGUUCCCAACAAAUAUUUUAUGAAGUACAAAGUGUGAAGUUUUCAAAGGCAAAAGAUUUUUAACUUUGGUCUUAAAUUUUUAAAGUGAAACUUUAUUUUAAACAUUUUUUAUGAUUUAAUGUACAGAUAUUUACAUAUCCUAGUCUUUGGAAAUAGCUGUAAGAAUUACUUCAUUUAUAUCCUUUUAGUUGAUAGAAUGUCUAAUAAGGCAUUCCAUUUGCAUACUGGAACCUGAAGGCUGGAAGGCAGUUUUUGUUUUAACAAGCACCUAAAAGAAAAGUUUGUUAAAACUAGUGUUUGGGUAAAAUGGUGGGAUUUCCAGAUGAAAAGAAUGCAUUGUAAGAUAUAUUCAUUGUUAGCAAUUUAUUUCCUAACUUUGAGGCAGGAGAGAGUAAGAGCAUUAGAUAUUAGUCUCUAUAAAUCUCUAUGAUUCUAGAAAUACACCGAGAUGACUUUUUGUGAAACCUUUGGAUGUAACGCACAAUAGACUACCCAAGAAUGUGUUCCAAAAAAACAUUUCUCAUCAAGCAAUGACUUUCUUGUACCAUGUUUGCAUUAAUUAUGUUUACAAAGUAAACUUUAAUACUUAACCUUUUUCAUGUAAAAAUCUGGCAAUUCUUGUAAUCUAUCCCCAUUCAACUCUAAAUAUUUAGGUAAGUGCUGCUGUUUCAUUCAUUUAAAAAAACAAAAACAACAGUUAAUGCUGUUAAAUGUUUGUAUAAAAAACAAGAAUGUAUUCAAAAUGUUUCUAUUGUCUCUCAAAUUGUGUAUUAGCUGUAAAUAUUGUGGAUACUUUUUAAUUGUAUGAAAUGCCUAGAGAAUUGAUUCCCACCAGGCCUUUAAUCAAGUUUUAAAAAAUAUAUUAUUGUAUUUCAUUUUGUUGUUGUUUGUAUUGUUUUUUAAUUCCUAUAGGCAAACUUGUGUAUCAAUUCUUAGUUUUGUUGUUUAUAUAAAUGUGAAAUAAUGCAAACUAAGAAAUUUUCUUUUGAUAUAUUUAAAUAAAGAAACCAAAAUAUCCUUUUCAUAUGUCAGCAUGCAGUUAAUCAUUAUUUCUAUAAAUGUACUGCCAUCAGUUUUGUUGACUAAAACUAGGGAAUAUUAUUACAACAAACUAUUUCCUUUGAAAUGUGUUAUGACUUUGUCUACAAUUGAUCCAAUUGUUACUUACUGUUGCCUAGUUCAUGUUUUGAAGAGUGUUCAGGUUUUGAUGAAGAUCACUUGAUGGUUUUGAGACGAAGCUGUGAACUGGAUGCAUAACUUUGUACAAAAAGACAUUCAGUUUGAUGGAUGCUGUAUUCAUACAACCUCUCUCUCUCCUCCCCCCCCCCCCCCAAUUCUUAGACAUGCUUUUUUCUUUUCAAUUUGGCAAUUCAUUUCAUGAUUGUAUUUUUGAAAGAUGGGGUCUUGGGGAAGGAUGAAGACCUGUUGUCAUGGAGACAUUGUGUACUUAGAGGUUUUGUUUUAUUGGUUUGUUAUCUUGUUUUAUUGAAUUCAUUUUUAUUGUGCAUACUGUUUUAUUGUAUAAGUAUAUUUAGUAGGCCAGUUAUUGGAUAUAUGAGUCUGUGAUCACAUGAUGGUCUGUACACAUACUAACAGUGUCCUGUUUCAAAGAAACUUUGGUUCAGAGGGGAGAUCUUAAAGUAUCAACUAGUUGAAGUACUUUCGCAAAUCAAAUGAUGUUAUAGAGUUAUUACUCUUAUGUUGUUUUUUUAUUUUGCUUGAAGCACAACCCCCCUCCCAGCAACUAGGAAACAUUUGUUUUUAGUCAUCAGUUGUAGCUUAUAUAUUUAAAAGACCUCACGUUUUGAGUGUAAGUCAUAAGUUGUAUGAUUUGAAUGGUAUUUUGCUGGAGUUUGAUGACAAUGACUCCUAAGCUCAUUGGAUUCUGAAAAUGAAGUUUUUAACAUGAACAAUAGGGAGAAAAUAUGUCUGUUAUUUGUUCCAUAUUCACUUCUUAGAAGGGUAUGUUUAUUGUGUGCAAGUGUAACAGUAAGAUUGGUGAAAGAGCAGACACAUAUGAGCCUAAGUUAUUUUUUUUAUCUGUAUUACUUUGGUUAAAAAAUGUAUAGACAUAUUUAAGAUAAAGCACAGAGAUGUUAUAGCUUGUAGUAUUGGUUCUUAAGAAGCUGAACUAGUGUUUUAUGAAGCUGUGCUUUUAGUGACAUCGUGGACCAAAAUUUUGUUUUGAAAUAAAAGAUUUACACUCGAUUUUUCUGAUGUGACCUAGAAGCUAGCUAGUUUUGUUUUAAACAUUUUGUAAGCAUUGCUUUAUUUUGUAUUUGAUGUAACUAAAUGUUUCAACUAUGUUCAAAGUUUCAUUGUACUUUGAUCUGAUGGCAGUUAAGUGAUGAAGGGUAAACGAUGUUUUGAUGCAGCCAUUUUGAUUGAGCCGUUUUGUCACAAAAGGCUCUGAUGAUAAUUCAUAAAAUUGUAUAAUAAUCAUUGUUUUGUUUUUUCCACUACACUAUACUACAGUAGCAUACAUUAACCCUCCCCCCUUGUCCUGAAAAAAAAAAGGUUAAAAAAUUUCAUGAAUGCAUAUUGCAAACUAUGAAUGGCUGCCUGUUCGUGUGGUAAGUGCUUAGAACAUGUCUCCUGUGUUCAAAUCCUGCCCAAUGCAAUCCUUGCUAUCUAGUGGGGGGUUUUGGAUGUAAUAAUCUUCAUUUCUGAGGGAACAUGUGAAACGUACAAACUAUGAAAGGUCAGAUUUCUACCUGGGACCAUAAUACUGACAUGCUUUCUCCACACACAUCAAUUAUACAAGCAUCAAUUAUACAAUAAUAUGCAGGGUUUGUGAAACACAGGAUGACAUCAUUUUUAUCCUUUUUUUUUUUAUUUGAGGAACUAUCAAUGAAAUACAUUAUUUUUGUUUGCACUAAAGAUUUAUUUCUAUCUAUUGUUUCAUUUUGAUUUUGACACUAUUAAAAUACACACACACACACACCUAUGUUAGUGACUUAACAAUAAUUACACAAGAAACUUAAAUCCCAAAUUUAAUGGACAUUGGACACAAAUAACUAUUGUAACAAUAAAUAUGUUUGAACACAAACACACAUACAAAACAUAGAUUUGCAUAAAAUAAUCAUAUAUAAUGUGGCUUAAUCGUUUCACACCAAAACGGCUCUGUCAAAAUGACAAUCAUGCCAAUACAUCCGGCUUCAAGGUUUAGCUGAUGAUUCAAAAAAUUGAUUCCACAUUCAUUGUCAACGAUUUACUUGAAUUUCCAUUAAUGUUUAUUAAACCAUUGCGAAAUGAACAUGGUAGUGUAAGGCAAUACUGUAACAUUGAGGAAAAUGUAGUUAGCAGGUAUUGAUUUUUUAGAUGAGAAUCUUAAUGAACUGAGUUUAGGGUCUCAGUGCUUAACUCUUCAGGUUAUCUUAUUAUUUAAAAUGACAGUUUUUUUUGUUUUUAUUUAAUUAUUCUUUUAUGUUUUUUUUUUCUUUUUAAUUCAAUGUUGGAUUAUAUAAACUUAAAUGUGGUGAUAAAGUUGUUUUGAAGGUAUUCUCAGUUGUUUGAAGGCAAGUUUGUUCCCUUGAUUGACUUUUGUCCAUGACUCCAAUCCUGAGAGCAACACAAUCACAAAUGACGUAGGACACUCUGAUACUUUGGUUUCCCCCUUUUAUUGAUUUUGUUUGAUCUGACUUUGACUUAUCAUUUUUAGUUUUGUACUAAUUCAUGGCAUGUCUGGUUUAACCAAUGUACUAGUGUUUCUAUUUCUUUGAAAUUGUUUCCAUGGGUCCACAGGAAGAAGUCACAUCUCAUUUUCUCUACCCCGUCUUUUAGUCCAUGUUGACUUUCAGUCAUUAGUAGAUUUUUCCCACAUUGAAAUGAUCUUAAUUAGUAGCACAAAAUGGUUUCAGAUCUUGGUGCUGCUGUGAUCUUAGAUUGUAAAUUUUUCCAUGCCAACUAAAUAUCUUAAUAUUUUUAAAUGUGUUCAUUUAUCUUGCCCAGACAUUCUUCCAGUGGACUUUCCCUUUGUGUAUGACUUUGAAUUGUAUGCUUAUAGAUAUGCAGUGAGUUUUGCAGUCAUCACAUGGCCAUUCACUUAUGUUUCCAACCACUGUCAUGGCAGCUUUGUGUGUCUGUUUGAAAUUUUGUUUUCUGAAGUGUGCCUAAAUGUUGGUUGGACUUUUUUUUUCUAGAUAUGCAUUUGUGUGUUAUGUUCCCUUACUAUAGCUUUUUGGGAAAGAAUUCACUUUUUUUUUUCAAAUGGACCUUCAUGAUGGUUGACUCAAUGAGGGUAAAUUAAGCAGGUCUUACAAAAUUGAGAAAAUGAAAAAAAAUCCCCCCCCCCCAAAAAAAAAAAACUUGAGCUACUAGAUAUAUCUAGUUAAGGACAUUUUGUAUGUUCCCUCUAAUAAAUUUUUCAACUUUAGGAAGGCAGUUACCAUUAUUAUUUCACUUUUUCUAAGAACUUGUUAGUAGGAUUUUACUAAACAAAAAAGGUUAGUCCAACAAUUGAAAAUGUGAGUUAAAAGUAUAGCUAAGGAUUUGUUUGUUAUUUAUUUAUCUCAUAUCUCAUGGAAAUUCUGAUGUUACAACCUAAUCUGUGCUUAAAUAUAUUGGCUAUGGUGAAAGCUUGCUGUGGCAACAGAUGAAGACUUAUUAAUGUUAUGAUGUCUUGUUAUAUACUGUCACUGUUAUUGUAAAUAUUGAAUUCUUAUGAACUUGAACUAUUUUUAUGAAGAAAUAAAACAUUCAAACAUG